CUCUGCAUUUUGAGCACUCAAGGAUGAACAGAUUUCCUUCAGAACUCUUCCUACUGGAAUACUCUUCCUACUCUGCUGGAAUACCUGGGUGGCAGUCUCACAGUAUUAACUUGUUCAUGGAGUCAACGCACAAUUUCACAGUUCGAAAGCCACAGACAUAUGCAGGUGCCAAGCCCUGCUUCAAGUCUGAUGACACAGAGGGAAACAAGUCAAAGCCCCUGCUUCAAAGUUACACUCCUGACAGUACAUUCUGUGAGCGAGAGGAGGAUACGUCCCCAGACACUUCCAGCUCUCUGCAGAGAGAGGGUCUCACCCUGUUGCCCAGGCUGGAGUUCAGUGGUGCGAUCACAGCUCACUGCAGCCUCAACCCCCCAGGUUCAAGCAAUCCUACCACCUUAGCCUCCUGAGAAGCUGGGACUACAGGCAUGCACCACCACACCAGCUAAUUUUUGUUUUUUUUUUCCUUUGGUAGAGAUGAAGUUUCACCAUGUUGCCCAGGCUGCUAUUAUUUUUAAACAGAUAAUAUCCAAAUGAUAAAUGUAAAAUCAAGAGAUAAAAUAUUCUACAUGCUUUUUAUUGCUUCAAUCCUUUUUAAGAGUUUGAUUGAGAUAAAACUUACAUAUCAUGAAGUUUAUCUACUUAAAGUGUACAAUUCGACAUUAUUUAGUGCAUUUAUAGAGUUAUAGAACUAUCACUGUAAUCUAUUUUAGGAUUUUCAAUCACCCUAAAUUUACUAUCCACAUUGGCAGUCACCUCACCCCAAACCUCCCUAUCCCCUCUGAUCCAAGGCAACCACUAAUCUACCCUCUUUCUCUAUAGAUUUGCCUAUUUUGGAUAUUUCAUAUAAAUGGAAUAAAAAUGUGGUCUUUCAUGCCUGGCUCCUUAGUGUAAUGUUCUUGUGAUUGAAUACCUCAUCCCUUUUUAUUCCCAAAUAUUCCACUGUGUGGAUACACUACAUUUUACCUAUUCACUCAUCAGUUGAGGGACAUUCAGGUUGUUUUUACUUUUUGCUUAUGAAUAAUGCUGCUAUAAACAUUUGUGUACAAGGUUUGGUGUGGGCAUGUUUUCAUUUCUACUGGGUACAUACCUAGGAGUGGAAAUACUGGAUCAUAUGGUAACUGUUUUAACAUUUAGAGGAACUGCCAAACUGUUUUCCAAAGCAACUGCACCAUUAUACAUUUCCAGCAGCACUGUAUGAAGGUUCCAACUUCUUUACUAUUGUUUGAAUCUUUACUACAUACAGAACAAGAACGAUCUCAUUAUAUCCUUGCCUUCAGAGAACUUAUAUUGACAGAAUAAGACAAGAAAUAAACAGAAACAAAUAAACAGGUUAAUUUCAGAUACUAAGAAAAUGAAAAAAAAUGUCAUAAAGUAACCAGAAAGUAACCAAGGAAGAGGAAGUCUCAAGCUAAAGUG